UUCCUGGAAGGAUUUGAUUCAGAUCUGUAUCUAUAGCAAUGCUUGUCUAGGCACAUAUUAGGGAAUGUGCUGUCAUUCCAGUUUCAGUUUUAUGGUGGUGGGAUCAUGCUGGUGUUUGGGGGCCUGGCCUGCUCAGAGUUCCACACAUAAAGCCCCUGAGUGCCUGUAGCAGCCUGUUCACACUGACCCUGUCCUCGCUGGGCUGUGCAGGCUUUGCUGUGCUCUCUGGAUAACUGUUUAAAGAUGUUUCUGGUGGUGGCAGUUCUAUGUAGUAUAGUGCUGUGGACACACUGUCUUCAAUACACUGAUAUUCAGCCUCAGCCUGAUUUUGAUGUGGAGCAGUUUUCAGGUGAAUGGUAUCGCGUUGGCAUGGCCUAUGAAUCUCCAUUAUUUAUCAAAUAUAAAGACAGACUGCUGAUCUCCAAGGGACACCUGGAUGCUACUGUAAACGGAAGUGCCAGCCUCUCCAUGUGGACAAUGACUGGGCCAAAGAAAUGCACACCUAGUUAUUAUGAUUAUGAGAAGACAGACGUUCCAGGACUGUUCACUUAUUUCAGCGAAAGACACAAGAUAGAGAAAGACAUCACUGUGGUGGAGACCAACUACACUGAUUAUGGACUGGUCCUGAAAUACAAGAAGAUGGAAAAGGAGUACACACAGGCCGAACUCCUGUCCACAGGCCAGAGUUGGAGGAGAAAUUCAGGACUUAUGCUUUGUCUUUGGGCUUUUCUGCAGAGUCUAUCGCUAUGCCAACUGUUAUAGAUCCAUGUCCUAUCCCAGAACCAAAAAACACAACAGCAGCAGUGAAGUAGGAGUCAUCAGAGUCUUGUCUGAUCAUGUUCAGAUGUCAGAUCUCGUCCAUAUGUUGGAAAAAACAACAAAGAACUGCAUUUUCAUUAUCUGUUUAUUUUUGUGUUAUCUGCUUGUACUCUAUAAAGACUGUUAUUCGUUAGUGUGAUAUGAUAUGAUACGCAAUAUUAAGAAAUAAGAGACUUAAAACUAAAGCAGUACUCUUAAUUGUAUAGUAUUAUUUUUAGUGGAUGUUCAUUGGUCCUUGUAGUUUCUGUGUUUUCUAUUCUUAUAUCUUUUUUGAAAAUUGUGCUGAUUGUAAUAAUAAAAAGACAAUAUUGCAGUAUAA